CUUGCUGCCUCUUCCUUCGCCUCCACAGCUCCACCGGCCGAGUCGUUGCUCAUUCCCGCGGAAUAGGCUCCACAGCGGCCUCCCUGUCUUAAACGGGCGCCGCGUUCACGCCCGACCCGUUUCCCCCGCACGCGGACUACUCGAUGCGCUGCCCCCGCCUCCGCCGGCCGGAAGAACCCUAGCCCUAGGGCCUCGCCGUCCCGAUGGGAGGGCGGCUGGGGCACCUCACCCUGCCGAUCUUCUCGGUGCUCGCGGCGAUCGGGUACGUCUACUACACCACGGUGUUCGUGGCCGUGUCGCGGUGGCUGGGGCUGUCCACGGCAGCCGGGGUCGCCAACGCCGCCGCGUUCACGGCCCUCGCAGCCGCCUGCGUCGCCACCUACGCCGCCGCCGUGCGCCGGGACCCCGGGCGCGUGCCGCCGGACUUCGUGCCCGACGUCGAGGACGCCAAGAGCAGCGUCCACGAGAUCAAGCGCAAGGGUGGUGACUUGAGAUAUUGCCAGAAAUGUUGCCACUAUAAACCUCCACGGGCACACCAUUGUCGUGUUUGCAAGAGAUGUGUUCUAAAAAUGGACCAUCACUGUAUUUGGAUUAAUAACUGUGUUGGACACGAGAACUACAAGAUUUUCUUGGUCUUUGUAUUGUAUGCUGUAGUUGCAAGCUUCUACUCUUUGAUUUUGAUUAUAGGGAGUGUCGUGCACAGUGUUCCUAAAGAUGAACAGUCAGGCAGCUAUUCUUCUCGAACAUCGAUUAUUAUCUGUGGGGUCAUUCUUUGUCCAUUAGCUUUGGCGUUGGCAGUACUCUUGGGUUGGCAUGUUUACCUCAUAUUACAGAAUAAAACUACAAUUGAGUACCAUGAAGGAGUCAGAGCAAUGUGGUUGGCAGAAAAGGGUGGAGAUCUCUAUCAUCAUCCAUAUGACCUUGGUGUCUAUGAGAAUCUUAUUUCAUAUUGAACACUGUAGGCAACGGCCUUCGGUUCCGUACAUCAUAUGAUAUUCCAAUAUCUACACCACCAAUGUGAUUACACAAGAUAACAGUACAUUCACAAUAGGUAGUUGCUAAUUUGUGAAAGGAUCUCUGGCUUCCCAUUCAACUGCCAGAAUGUGCUUGUUCUGAACCAUGUUGGAUUGGGGCAGGUCAGGUCUUGAAACUCUGCAAGAUACGGGUUACAGGAGAUGGUUACCACAACCCAGGAGUAUUUCCUCCUGGGAUGUAUCCUGAGCUAGGACAUGAAAUGUUAGCUUAGUCGUUUCUUUCAUACUACACAUACUCAGAUGAGAAAAUUCACUCUUGCCUCGCUCGUAAUCUGGAGUAGGCUGUGUUUAGACACAACAUUGAACUGAGGCAGAUUUUGUUGUAAAUUUUAUGUUAAUACUGUGUUCAAAAGCCAUGUAAUGUCGCAAAAGGUCAUGAAAGCAAUUUUCCAAGAUUAGUUGUGUA